AUGCCUCACGAACAAAAGCCAGUAAUCUACACAUCAAGCAACAACCUCCAAACCUCCGGCGCCCAGACGGAGGGCAUGAUCCGACAGAAUGCAAUCGUAGAUGUCUGCGACGAUAUAUGUGCAUCCCGCAUGAUCGCCAAGCCCAGAACCGCAUCGGCAGUGCAUCAUCACGGCGAGGAGAAUACCAUAGUGUUCGCCUUCUCGGGGCACGGCGCAAUCGUGUACGAAGGAGGGAAGAUGAGGCAAAAUCUCGCUCCUGGGGAUUAUGCAUUGAUUCCAGCCUACGCGGAGCACCAGGAAGUCAACGACUCCGACGAAGAUGUUGUAUGGGCAAUUGUGAGAAGCGGUAAAGCCCCGAUAGUGGUCAAUCUGCCCGGAGGUUGGGGCUCCAGUUGA